AUGGCUGUUAAUUUGCAUAUGCUGGUGUCAAGCAUCCCAGGGUGCGACGGUAGCCGUGGCCGUGGGCUCCCAGGACCUUGCGGGUGCAGAGCAGAGCGGGAGAGGAGCAGGAAGAGGGCAGAAGUUUUGGAGGACUUGGCCGAACAGGAGACCACUGGACAUAGAGCAGAGUACCAACAUCGCUAUAUUUUCAGAUUUUGUGAUCGCCUUGAAUUAGCAAGUUUACAGUGCUUGAAUGAAACACUCACAUCAUCUACAAAAGAAGUAGGAAAGGCUUCUCAGGAAAAACAGAUAGAAGAAAUAAAGGAGCAAAUUAGAAAAGAGAAAGAGGAAGCUGAGGCUCGUAUGCGACAACCAUCUACGAAUGCAAAGAAGUCAGCUGGUGGAGGUGGAAAUGGCAGUAAAAACUGGUCAGAAGAUGAUCUGCAGUUACUAAUUAAAGCUGUGAACCUCUUCCCUGCUGGAACAAAUUCAAGAUGGGAAGUUAUUGCUAAUUACAUGAACAUACAUUCUUCUUCUGGAGUCAAGAGAACCGCCAAAGAUGUUAUCAGCAAAGCAGAAAGCCUUCAAAAACUUGACCCUCAUCAAAAAGAUGACAUAAACAAAAAGGCUUUUGAUAAAUUUAAAGAAGAACAUGGAGUAGUGCCUCAAGCAGACAAUGCAACACCUUCAGAACGAUUUGAAGGUCCAUGCACAGAUUUCACCCCUUGGACAAGAAAAGACCAGAAGCUUUUGGAACAAGCCUUGAAAACAUACCCAGUACAUACACCUGAAAGAUGGGAGAAAAUAGCGGAAGCAGUGCCUGGCAGGACAAAGAAGGACUACGUGAAACAAUAUAAGGAACUUGACGAGAUGGUAAAAUCAAAGAAAGCUGCUCAAGAGCAAGUACUAAAUGCAAGUAGAACCAAGAAAUGACUUAAGACAAUCUUUGUUGUGUGUUCAUUUUUAUAAUAAAACUGAAAACACUUUACAAGUUUUCAUUCUUAUAAUUGUACUUAUGGAGAUAAUUUGCAAGUGUGCUGUUCCAACAUAGUUUCUCCAGAGAGCUACCAUUCACUGUGGUAGCAUUAUCCGUUGAAAGUUUGAUGCAGUAUUUCAUUCAAAUUUCCAAGUACGUAUGUUCAUUUUUAUGUUUUCCUUUGGGGACUGAGAGCUUAAAACUUGCCAGUCUCUAUUAGUUUUAUAAAUAUGUAUGUU